AUCCCCCCAACCCUGCAGGAGUCAGAACCAGCUUCUGGAGCUACGGGGGCCCUGGAGAGCAGGUACCCGGCAGGAAGGUCAGGCUGCCCCGGGAUCAGACUCCACAGAGGAGGUGUAGGAGCCGGGCUGCUCAGGGAAAGGGACUCUGUCUGACAGCUACUGCGUUCCUGCGGCCCUCCCGCAUCCAGUGGGGCAGUCUCAGUCAAGGCGGCGUAGAAGAUUGGGUGAAAGAGGAUGUGCCCCCAUCCGAAGCCUCUGGAGGGUCCUGGCCUGGACUUGGGACAGCGGGUGUGACUAUGGAGCUCGUGAGCAAGCGUGGCUCUUUCUAGCUCUUCACUCACAAGACUGGUUGGGGUUUGGGGCUCUAAGGGAACUUGUCGAAAGAUAAGCUGGAAGAAAUGAAAAGAAGCCCCUAGAAGCAUCUAAGAUCCCCUCUUGCUGCUCAGGGCCCAGAGGGGGGGCUGUGAUCCGAUUAAGCUUUGGACCCACUUAAGGAAAGCAGCAUAGUUGAGCAAGAGCUCCUGCAUUUGAGCCAGACAGGAGGAUUCAUGUUUUACUCUGAGAUCCGUGGGGAUAGAAGAUAAGGACGCUGGCUUUCCCUUCUAAUCAUGCCAGAUCUGGGAGAAGCAUGAACCAUUUUAAGCAUCUAGGAGGGUUCUUGAAGCACAGGAGUUGGUGGCCAACCCUCCUGGUACAGUUAAGAACCGUGGCAGCAUCCAGCACUUCAGUGAGCAAGGACUUGCGGCCGUCCCUGUCCCCUGGCAGCUGUGACAUCACCAGGAGCAAAAGCACCUCUCGGUUGUGAGAGUUAACAGAAUGAGGUGUGUGGGGGAAGCCACUAGCUGGAACUCUUCCUUUCCUGACUGCCUCUGCAUCCCCCAGCCAGCCCCAGACCACUGAGUCAACAAUGGCCGAGAAAGGUGACUGCAUCGCCAGUGUCUACGGAUAUGACCUUGGUGGGCGCUUCAUUGACUUCCAACCCCUAGGCUUUGGGGUCAACGGGCUGGUACUGUCAGCUGUGGACAGCAGGGCUUGCCGGAAGGUAGCUGUGAAGAAGAUUGCUCUGAGCGAUGCCCGAAGCAUGAAGCAUGCACUCCGAGAGAUCAAAAUCAUCCGGCGCCUGGACCACGACAACAUUGUCAAGGUGUAUGAGGUACUAGGACCCAAGGGUAGUGAUCUGCAGGGUGAGCUCUUCAAGUUCAGCGUGGCCUACAUUGUCCAAGAGUACAUGGAGACUGACCUGGCACGACUGCUGGAGCAGGGCACACUGACCGAGGAGCACGCCAAGCUGUUCAUGUACCAGCUGCUCCGUGGGCUCAAGUACAUCCACUCUGCUAAUGUGUUGCACAGGGACCUGAAGCCUGCCAAUAUUUUUAUCAGCACUGAGGACCUUGUGCUCAAGAUUGGGGAUUUCGGGUUGGCAAGAAUCGUGGAUCAGCAUUACUCACAUAAGGGUUAUCUGUCAGAAGGAUUGGUGACAAAGUGGUACCGUUCUCCACGACUGCUCCUGUCCCCCAACAACUACACAAAAGCCAUCGAUAUGUGGGCAGCCGGCUGCAUCCUAGCUGAGAUGCUCACGGGGAAAAUGCUCUUCGCUGGAGCCCAUGAGCUGGAGCAGAUGCAGCUCAUCCUAGAGACCAUCCCCGUGGUCCGGGAGGAAGACAAGGAGGAGCUGCUCAAGGUGAUGCCGACCUUCGUCAACAGUACCUGGGAGGUGAAGAGGCCACUGCGCAAGCUGCUCCCUGAUGUCAACAGUGAAGCCAUUGACUUUCUGGAGAAGAUCCUGACCUUUAACCCCAUGGACCGCUUAACAGCUGAGAUGGGGUUGCAGCACCCCUACAUGAGCCCUUAUUCAUGUCCCGAGGAUGAGCCCACCUCACAACACCCCUUCCGCAUCGAAGAUGAGAUCGAUGACAUCGUGCUGAUGGCUGCCAGCCAGAGCCAGCUCUCCAACUGGGACAGGUAUCCUGUGAGCCUGUCGUCAGAUCUAGAGUGGAGGCCUGACCGGUGCCAGGAUGCUAGCGAGGUGCAGCGUGACCCACGUGCUGGCUCUGCACCGCUGGCUGAGGAUGUUCAGGUGGACCCACGUAAAGACUCUCAAAGCAGCUCCGAGCGCUUCCUGGAACAGUCACACUCGUCAAUGGAGCGUGCCUUCGAGGCCGACUAUGGGCGCUCCUGCGACUACAAGGUGGGGUCCCCGUCCUACCUAGAUAAGCUGCUGUGGCGCGACAACAAGCCCCACCACUAUUCAGAACCCAAGCUCAUCCUGGACCUGUCACACUGGAAGCAGGCAGCCAGCACGCCCCCCACAGCUGCAGUAGCAGCAGACCGGAUGUCAUGUGAGGACGAGCCGGCCAGCCUCUUCCUAGAGAUCGCUCAGUGGGUCAAGAGCACGCAAAGUGGCCCUGACCGGGCCAGUCCCCCCCCUGACGCGCCAGAGCACCGCCUCUCUGCCUCGCCCCCAGGACACCCGACACCUGUCGAUGGGGGUGCCAGUCCCCAGUUUGACUUAGACGUGUUCAUCUCGCGUGCUCUAAAGCUCUGCACCAAACCCGAGGACCUACCGGAAAACAAACUGGGUGACCUCAAUGGUGCGUGCAUCUCUGAGCACCCUGGCGACCUCGUCCAGACAGAGGCCUUCUCCAAAGAAAGGUGGUGAGCACAGCAGGGGUACAGAAGAACUUCCGGAGCAAGAGGCCACCCAGAAAACCGCACCACUUCCUUGCUCGCCUAGCACUUCCUUCUGCCCCUCUCUGAUGCACUGGGGUUAGCAGAACACCCGAGGAUCCGGGGAGAGAGAGGAAUGUCCAUUUCUUAAACUGCCUUAAUAACUAGCCUUUAACCUCUGGGAGCGGGAUUGAAUGGAGCCUGGCUGGGAGCUAUCACUUUCCCAUCGAAGGGGAGGCCUCUGUUUUGUAAGUGACAGCAUGCAGGAAAUAAAGUGAGCUCCUACAGCAGUCUAUAGCCCUAUCAGGGCCAAGGGGGCAGAAGCAGCUUACAGACAUAGUUUCUAAACCAUGAGACCCACCUAGUUCCAAAUGGCCAUCUAGGCUCAGAGAAGCUGUGUCUGACUUAGGGCCACAGGCCGAGUGAAUGUCAGGGUAAUUAAGUCUGAAUCCCAGGCUCCUGUCCCCCCAGACCAGUGUCUGACCACAGUAUAAUGUCUUCCUCUGCUGGGGUCACUCUGGCUUUUUGGUCAGCAAACUUGGUCCCAAGUACUUCUUGCGUCCCUUACCAUCUGUCCCAUCCAAUCCUUUAAGAACAAUGUUUCCUGUAUUCUGAAACUGGAAACAGUUUCUUUCUCCUAGCCACCGCACACAUUUUUAUAACUUCCCCAAGUGCUUAAGCGUCCUCACCUGCCGCAGCAUGUCUGCAUUUGCCCAGACUCAGCACAGUCUGAAGUUGCCGCUUCAGAUCAGAGCAGUCCGGGUCUCUGGGUGAGUUCAGUCAUCUCCCAGGCCUGUGCCUGUGCCAUGCAGCAUCCUGCAGCGUGCCCUAUGCACUUUCCUGACACAGCCCAGCUGGCAUUCCCCAGUGGAUGUCACACAUGGGUGAGUUGGAAGACAGCAAUUCCAAGAAUCCCUCUUGUCCAACUCCCCGCAUCCCACCCCACCCACAUACACACAGCUCUUCUCCAAACCUACUUCAGAACCAAAUGUUCUUGGCACAGAUUGCUCAUUUGUAGGAAAAGCAAUAAGGUGUUUUCCAUAGAAACAAAUGAGUUAGGAGGGAAGGUUCCACAGAGGGCCCAUCAUCCUUCAUUAAUGUUGCCCUUGAUCCCAAGCAUCCAUUCAGGGCUAGCCAAGAGUGGACUCUAAAGGAGUGACUGGAGAACUAGUAACCUAACACAGAAAGAUAAACUAGGUGUUUAAAGAGGGGUACCAACCUCUAGUGAUCUGAAGAGGCAGAUAUCAACCUGGAGAAACCAUGACAAAGAAAGAAUUCAAAGUAACCAUGCACUCAUAGUUUAAGUUAAGAUGAACUUAGAAUCCAAAGCUCUCUGCAGAAGCCCCGGGAUGGGACCACCAACAAUACCCCUUUUGUUCCUGAAUACUCUGCCACUGCUAUCUAUCCCUCCCCUCCUCCUGCCCCUGCCAACAUCCAAAGAUACCCAGAAGUCUAGCUGGUCUGUUGAGAGCGCUCUUUGGAAUGUGUUCAUCCUCACAACGCAACACCUUAAAUCUAACUAUGAUUUGUGUAUUGAAUCCUACAAGGCAUUAGAAACCUGUAUUUUACAACAGAAUCAAUCACACUGACCAGUUCUGAGUGGAAAAUGUGUAAAUAUGAAGUAUUUAGGUUUUACUUUUUAAGAAAAUGCAAUGCACACCACUCCUCACGUGCCAUUUGUCUUCAGAGGGAAAAGCUUUACCGUUUGAGUAAGGGACAUGCUGCUGAUUGGCCAUGAGUUCACAGAGAGAUGUUAUUACAGGAGAAUUGUAAUUAUUCAUGUUCUUAAAAUCAUCUGUUACAUAUUGUUAAACUUGAUCAGGCUGAGCCAAAUAAACUUUUAUGGGAACAGA